CGACGAGAAGCAUGCACGUAGUGUUUGGAUUUUAGUGGAGGCGACAUGGCUGGAACACCCAGACAUGCCUCUAGACAAGCUCUUCAUGCUCCCAUCGCUCCCACGCUUUUAGAAUCUAAUGGCAGAGGCGUUCGAAGCCAUCGGCUUGUAGAAGAAGAGCAGGAGUCCGAUCAGAGAAGCAUGCACGUCUCUGGCGGUGGAUCGGCGUGGGAAAGGGGGCUUGGUUUCCUCCUGGGAUCUCCUUAAAGCCCCCCCCCCCCCCUCCCCCCCCAAAAAAAAGGCUGCCACGUGGCGGGAUUGUAGUGCGAGGCGCGCUAUGGCGGGAAAUUUAAGACGCCGCGCAAUUCCCCUGCUCCCGGACCGCUGCCACGGCCAGCCACGCCGCGCCGCGCUUUGGCCAUAAAAGCCAUGUCCGCGCGAGCAUUGAUGUAUCCCGCUGGAUUGGUUUGGACAGGGUGUGUUGUGCAGAGGCCUCGUUCACUUCUGUUGCAACCAGUCACUGCCCAGGUUCCGCCUCUGUAGCAGUGCUACUAGUAGUAGCGCACCUCCCGAUUUCCAGAAGAGGUAACUUCCGUUGUGCUGCUGACCGUCAGCAUCGAGCCACCGCCGACUCGGCCCGAUGGCGCCUGGACCCUACCACGCCGCCCCCGGAGCGUCACGCCAAGAACCGCCGCAGGCUGCGACGGGGCACGCAAUCCGCCUGGCGUACAGGGACGAGGAGAGCGGCGAGUUUAAGAUGGACCCCGCGGCCGUGGUGGCGCUGAAGCAAGUGAGAGGACCCAUCGGGGUGGUGGUGGUGUGCGGACGCGCGAGGCAGGGGAAGAGCUUCUUGCUUAACCAGCUGCUGGGUCGCAGCAGCGGCUUCAAAGUGGGCCCCACCCAGAAGCCAUGCACCAAGGGCUUGUGGAUAUGGAGCUCGCCCAUUAGGGUCAGGGCAGCUGAUGGGUCCCCGUACGACCUGCUGAUGCUCGACACCGAGGGCAUCGACGCCUGUGAUCAGACGGGCACCUACAGCAUGCAGAUAUUUUCCUUGGCCGUGCUGCUGUCGUCCCUCUUUGUGUACAACCAGAUGGGAGGCAUUGACGAGUCGUCCAUCGACCAGCUCUCCAUGGUCACAGAGAUGGCCAAGCACAUCCAAGUGCACACACAAUCAGCCAGUGGUGCUGCGUCUCCCACCUUCUUCUGGGUCAUUCGGGACUCUUACUUGUCUCUCAAAGAGAACGGGCGUACCAUCUCCCCUGGGGAGCACCUUGAAAGUAUACUGCAGCUUACUGAGGACAUCUCUGAAGCUGGAAGGGUUAAGAACCAGACCCGUGAGGCGAUCCGCUGGCUCUUCCCCGACCGAUACUGCUACACUCUCAGCCGCCCGGCUGAUGAGGAGCUGCUGGAGCAGUUGGAUCAGUUGCCUGCGGACCGGCUGAAGGAAAAGUUCAGGGAGGGUAUGAAUGCCUUAAGCGCGGCAGUGUUUGCACACGCUCUUCCCAAGAGGGUGGAUGGUUCUGUCAUGACUGGCCCCCUGCUGGCAGCCCUCGCUCAGAAGUACCUGGACGCCCUCAACCAUGGAGCUGUGCCCACCAUCCUUGACUCCUGGCAGUCUGUGGAGGAGACUGAGUGCUGCAAGGCUUAUGAAAUGGCCCUGAACACCUUUCGUGGGGAAUUUGAUGCGCGGACCUCCAAUAAGACAAAGUUGACGGUAAGCUACGAGGCAGUGCUGCAGGCAGCAAUGGCAGUGUACCAGGAGCAGGCAGUGGGGGAGGGACAUGCGAAGGUCAAAUACGAGGGAAAACUGAAGCUGGAAAUGGGCAAGAUUUUCGAGGCUGCCAAGGCUGCACUGGAAUCGCAGUGUAGCCUGCGACAGGAGCGGCUGGCGAGAGAAGAAGAGACCCAACGUGCAGAAAGGGAAAGGGAAGCCCGGGAGGCAGCGGAGAAAAAUGCACGAAUUGCUGGAGAGAGGGUGAGAGAGGAAGUUGCAGGAAGGCAGAAAGAGAGGGAGGCCCGGGAGACAGCGGAGAGGAAUGCACGAAUUGCUGGAGAGAGGGUGAGAGAGGAAACUGCAGGAAGGCAGAAAGAGAAAGAUGAAGCUGCAGAGAGGGAGAGAAAGAUGCAAGAAAUUGUACUGAAGGAGAGGUGGGAGAGGGAGAGGGAGAGGGAAAGGGAGAGGGAGAGGGAAAAGGAGGGGGAGAGGGAAAGGGAAAGGGAGAGGGAGAGGGAAAGGGAAGCAAACACUAUUGGAGCAAUUACAGGACAGGUGUUUGGAGUGAUCACCCUCGGUGCUACUGCAGCGGCUGGUGUACUUGCAGCUCCAGCAGUGCUAACAGCAGCUGCUGUUGGUACUGCUGCAGGUCUUGUGGCUAAAAAAAUUGCACAUGGUUGAUGAAAUAGUGCAACUGGCUGUGAUGAUGGUGUGUUGAAUUGAAGUGAAUGAAGAAACAGGAGUACAGGUUAAAUAUACCUGCUGUACUCUCUAAGGCAUGAGUUUAUCUAGUCUGUUGGGCUGAGAUAAGCCCUUAUGAUCUUUUCAGAGAAUAAGUCCCAGUUGUACAGGAUGCUUGAGUAGUGCAGCGGAAGUUUGAGUAGUUGAACCCUUUGUCAAACAUGUGUACUUGCCAUGUUUGUAUAGACUGUAUAGGGUCACCUCUUAGAGG